CCAGCUUGUUGACUCGCAUUUUCAUUACAAACCUCAUUGGAUGUGGCUGAGUAGCACGUGUCAGUGUUGUGAUUAGGAAAAAUGAUUUUGUUAUUACUUUUAGCGGUUUUAGUGUUCGCUUUGUUGUUGUCAUGGAUAAGUUUGGUGAAGGAAAGCCGACGGUUUAACGUGCCAGGGCCCUCGCCUUUGCCUUUGGUGGGAAAUGCGCAUUUGUUUGUUGUCAAAUCUUCAGAAUUCUUGAACCUGGUUGAAAAAUUUAUGAACAAAUAUGGCGAUGCGUUCAGAGUUCAUUUUUUCUCCACGCCUUACGUGGUUAUGUGCCAUCCUAAAUAUGCUGAGGCACUAGUAUCGAGUACGGAGCACAUCACAAAAGGCAGGUCUUACAGCUUCCUGACCUGCUGGCUUGGUCAAGGUCUUCUUACUGCCACGGGUCAAAGAUGGAAGACUCACAGAAAAUUCCUGACUCCCGCCUUCCACUUCAACAUUCUACAAAACUUCUUGCCAGUAUUUUGCAAGAACCAACGCAAUCUGACAGAGAAACUCCGUGGACUUGCCGAUGGCGGCCCUAUUGAUAUGUUCCCUCUUAUUGCUUUGGCGGCCCUUGAUAAUGUGACAGAAUCCAUAAUGGGUGUAUGCGUGGAUGCUCAGAAACACAGCCAGUCUGAAUACGUGAAAUCAAUUGAAGAACUGUCCGCAAUAGUGACGAUGAGGAUGCAAAUUCCUUUCUUCGGUGAAGACGCUAUUUUCAAUUUGCUGCCUUACAAGACGAGACAAGACAAAGCCUUGAAAGUUCUGCACGGACAGACCAAUAAAGUAAUUGAAGCAAGACGGGAAGAAUUGAGAAAAGCUAAUAUAACCACUCUUGCCAACAGCAACGAUAUUGGUAUUAAGAACAAGCACGCGUUCUUGGACCUGUUGCUGUUAGCUGAAAUCGACGGCAAGAAGAUAGAUGACGAAAGUGUCAGGGAAGAGGUCGACACAUUUAUGUUCGAGGGUCACGAUACGACGACUUCAGGCAUUGUUUACUCACUGUACCUUCUGUCAAAACACAGAGAUGUACAAGAGAAAAUCUACGACGAACUUAAAACUAUAUUCGGCAGUGAAAUGAACAGGGAUCCUACAUACCAUGAACUGAAUCAAAUGAAGUAUCUGGAGAUGGUGAUCAAGGAGUCGAUGCGGCUGUUCCCACCAGUGCCACUCAUCGAGAGAAAAAUUUUGAGGGAUUGCGAGAUUGGAGGCUUAACACUAGUAAAAGGCACCUCGGUACUCAUCAACAUCUACCAGAUCCAGAGGCAGCCAGAGUUGUAUGAAAAUCCCUUGGAGUUCCGGCCGGAGAGGUUCGAAGCACCCCUGAAGAACCCCUUCAGUUGGCUGGCAUUUAGUGCUGGUCCGAGAAAUUGUAUAGGUCAAAAGUUCGCGAUGAUGGAACUGAAAAUAACUAUCUCAGAAAUGAUCAAGAACUUCUACAUACUGCCAGCACCACAAGAGCCUGAACUGAGUGCAGACCUCGUGCUACGAUCUAAGAAUGGAGUCCAUAUCAAACUGAUGCCUAGGAAAUAAUCAGUGAUAAAUAUUGUUAUAUUGUAUACUUAUGUGUGAAGUCAUUAUAUAUAAGUUUUUUUGGGAAGGAAUUAAAUGUUGUAAGUUAAA